AGCAUGAAAAUCUUAAUGGGCCUCUUGGGUCCUUCUUUCGCUGGUGGCCCAGUCAGUCGAUCGAUCGAUUGACACCCAUCCAUCCGCCGCCGCGCCGCCGAUCUCCAUCACCUGCGGCUGCGAGCGAGGGAGCGACGGCCGCCGGCGCCCUCCGUCGGCAUAACACGCACACACACUUCUUCACCUCUGGGAAAUGGCGGCGGCGGCGGCGGCGGAGGGCCUGGCGGCGUACAGGGCGGUGCUGCGGGCGGCGCGGCGGACGUUCGCCGGCGACAGGCUGAUGCUGGCGGAGUCCGCCGUGGAGAUCCGGCGCCGCUUCGAGGAGCACCGGGGCCUCGCGCCGGGCUCCGGCGAGGCCGCCCGCGCCCUCUCCGACGCCCGCGAGGCCGCGCACUUCAUCACCCACAUGAUCGUCCAGGCCCAGCGCGCCCCCUCCGGAUCCUUCGUUGUAAAACCUGAGAAGGAACAUGCUGGAGCUACAUUGGAGGUUCCUUCUGAGGAAAUCCUGUCUAAGUUGAAAUAGAGAUAAAGAGCAGUUGUUGUACAAGCAGCACAAGCUUAGCAUCAUUGGGCUAGUUAAUAAAUCAGCUCUCAUCUGUCAUAUUAGUGGCUGACCUUAUAAUUACAGCAGUUGUGUUUUUUAUGGUCAGAGCAGCACCUUUUUGUUUUUUGCACUAUCCAGAACAGCUUUAGCGAUUGUAAGUUACGUCUAAAAAACCACAACACAACUCUUUAGAUGUUUUGAUAUGCAAUUUUGGGGAACUUAUGAGUUUAGACUCGUGUGCUGUUGUGGUUCAUCAUUGUUUUUGUCCUACAACAAUCACGCUGAGACAUAGAAGCGAUUUGUUUGAUUUGAACGUUGAAAUGAUGUAAAGGAUUGGCAUGCAGAUCCCUCAUUGUACGUGCUCCUAUCCAAAGGACAAGUUUUUGUAUCCA